AUGAACCCAAGUGUUUGGAGCAAAGGCAUGUAUUCCUCUAGCAACAUUUGCCUUGACGGUUGCACUGCAGAGCAUCUCUCCUCUUUUGAACCUGUCCCCGUGCCGUCAAGUUCAGAUGUAUCAGGUGUUUCUGUGACUUUUCACGAAGACAGCGAGAACAUAAAACUGAUACCGGAGAGCGACUAUUACAGCAGCGGAGAAGCUGGUUCCAGUUUGAUCUGUUCUAGCCAGCUUGAACUGAUUCCACCCAGCGACAGCACCACAAGAAGGCACCCAUCUCCCGCAUCCAGCUCAUGUGGUCAUCAUGACUGGAACCUAAGCAGUGGUCAUCAAGCAAAGCGUGCCAGGGUAGAAAAUAUCAUCAAAGGCAUGACCAGCUCUCCUGGUAUACUCUGCACAGAUGUGACAACAAAUCAGCACGAGGAGACAGACUGCAUGCAGGAAAAUGAAAGGAUGCAAGAACUGUCUUUACACCAGGAACCAGUGGAAAGAAGUGGAUCUGGCAGCACAGGUCAAAGUCAGACAACAAGAAAGCAGCUUGAGAGUAAGCAGCAGCAUCUCCGACAGCUCAGAACAAAGUUCAACCAUGUGGAUGAAGUAACUGAAACUACAGACAGUAGUAAGCAGGAGAAAUACCCCACCUGGAAUGAUUCUCCUGAUACAUCUCCAAGAGACGCAUUUACAGAUACAUACACUGAGUUUGAGAGCAGCUCAAGUAGAAAAUAUCAAGGCUGGAAGAAACUGAAGCUGAUGAACUACUUCCAAUCCAAACCUGAGAGAAUAAAGCUAAUGGCAGAUGUUUUAAAAUAUGAACUGUCCAGAGCUGUCAGCAGGAGUGUUGACUCUGUUUUGAAAAGCAUGCCGCUUCUACAGACAUCACCAGACGACGAUGGGAGUGCAGAGACGGAUACGCCUCUUCAGUCAUCUGUGUGUAAAGAUAAAAAAUUAAGACUUUCAUGUUACGGUAAUGCAGAGGUGCAAGCCCCAGAUGUUCAAACCGAAGCUCUGUCUCUGGUUGUACAAAAGCCUCGACUGGACAAGUUUAUGCUCCAGCCCAGAUCGAGAGCUCACCAUCGUCCAAAACCUCCGGUCCCUUUCAGUCAUGACUCCGCUCUGCAUGACAGUCAGCCGUCAGAGAGGAGUCAUAACGCUGCCCAUCAACAUGCCCUUAGAUGCUUGCAAGACGGAUGCUCUGAAGUUGGCCAAGCAAAGUUCGACUUGUUGGACACACAUUGGAAUUCGGUCAAAAUGAGAUCGAAGGUCAACUCCAGAUCUGUGAGAAGCCCACAGGCUCAUACUGUGUCAGUGGAUCCAGUGCUUUUAGAAAGCCUGUGCCUUCCUCAUGUCAAGAUUGAGUCUGAUAGCCUGGUGAAGAACAACCUGUACAUGCUGAAUGAGGGUCUGACCACAAACCAUCUGAAGAAAGCAAAGCUUAUGUUCUUCUACACUCGCUACCCAAGCUCACUGGUACUGAAGAUGUGUUUCCAUGAUGUGCAGUUCACACGCUGCAUCACCUCUCAGCUCAUCAAGUGGUUCAGUAACUUCAGGGAGUUUUACUACAUCCAGAUGGAAAAGUUUGCCCGCCAUGCCCUCAUAGAAGGAGUGGCCGACGUGAGGGGUCUGACUGUGGAGAGAGAAUCAGAACUUUUCAGAGCUCUUAACAUGCACUACAACAAAGCCAACGACUUCCAGGUCCCUGACAGAUUCCUUGAGGUUGCUGAGAUUACGCUGAGAGAAUUUUACAUUGCCAUUUCCAUGGGCAAAGAUCGCGACCCAUCCUGGAAGAAAGCAAUCUACAAAGUGAUCUGUAAACUGGACAGUGAUGUACCAGCUGAAUUCAAAAGUCAUCCCUCUGGAUAA